AUUAUGUAGUGUUAUAACCUUUCCAAUUAGGUGCAGUGGCACGUCGCGAAAGGAUAUUAUGAUUUCAACCAAUCAGGCAUUUAUCGAGUUUCAAACCCGCGCCAUCUUCAUUUUUGAACAAAGCCAGGUUGGAUAUGCUAGAAGCGAGCUGAGACCGGGUAGUAGUCCGCUUUGCGCUAUUCGCGCCACAGUCGUCAGUACACGACACUCUCCACUCCUGACUGGUUGGUCUCUGUCUCACCCUCCUUUCCCCUCUUUUUCCCCUCCUCUGCCCCUUGGGUUUUCGCCUGACGACGCUGCUCUCUCGGGCAUUUCGCCGGAAACCGACGCCGCGCGAGGACACGGAGUUUUGUUACGUGUACACAUUUCUCUAUCUUUUUCAUCAUUUGUAAGCAGACACGCAGGCAUCUUGCUCAACGCACGAUUCAUCAUGAGUAGCAAGGAAAAUAACGAGGUCGCUGUCGAGAAGGUGACUGAGAACGACAAGGCUUCCGGAGACGCGAAGUGUGAGAUCAAAGGAAUGAAGAGGCCAGCGGAGGAAAAAAAUGAUGAAACGAAGAAACAGAAGAAAGAAGAAAAUGGUGAUGGAGAGGUAGAAGAAGAAGAGAUAGAAGAGGAAGUCGAAGAGGAAGAAGAAGUCGACGGAGAUGGUGAAGAAGAUGAUGAAGAUGACGAUAUACCGGAAGGAGAAGAAGAUUUAGAAGAGGGUGAAGACGAAGAGGAAGAUGACGCAGAAGGUGAAUUAGAAGGAGAAGUAGAAGACGAAGAGGAAGACGCAUAAUGAAAAAGGAGAGAAGAGUAUGUAAGUAAGAAAGGAGGUAGGCACAUGGCACCGUCGUCGAUCUUCGGCAGUUUUCUCAGCAAACACUUACUCUCAUAUUGAGUGGUUGGUAGCAAUGUUGAAUACCCAUCGUGCCCAAACCCUAUUGCCUCCCGACCUACGAGUAAAAAUUGCCACCUCACCGGAGUUGUGGUGGGCUGACACACAUUAGAAGCAGCCGCAGUUCUACUGUCUUGGCUCUUCGCAAUUCUGGUCGUCUAGCCAUCACCAAAUGCUAUUAGGUAGUUUGAAUUAAAACUGUAUAUUCGUCGUUGAGGAGCUUGUACAUGUCGAUUCCAUUUAAUACCUAAGUGCUUCGUGCGCAACCGUACGUUUGGUAUGUCGUGUAUGUUCCCAAGACAAAUUUAUCGUUUUAUUCAAACCACCUAUUAACUGGUAUUUGCCGUCAUUUGGCUUUCUUCACAGGACAAUUUUAUAACGGAAACUUAUUUAAGAUAUAAAAAGCUCUAUUGUAUUUAAAUAGUGUAAAAUGAACAUUUGUGAGUGAUUUUUUUACAUUUAAAAUCAAAUUUAUGUUUGUAGUUCGACGAAUGUCUCUCACCUUGUGCGCGUGAUUGAUUUUCCUUUUCAACCUAUAUGUGUAUUUGCAAUGACUUUGCAAGAGCGCGAGCGGUUAAAAAGAGAUAAAUAAAUAAAAUAGAUAAAGUGAUGCGUAAAGAAACAAAAAUAGCAAAUAAAUAAAUAAAUACAUAAAGCCAGAAGGACAUCUCUCGACAUUCGUUGUAGAUUAAGAAAAAUGAAAAAGAUUUUGAUAAUCUUUGAAAUCUCUGUUUCGUGCUCCUGUUCGAUCCGAGAGAAAAAUUAAGGUUAAUAUAACGCUCGCGCUAGGUAGUGUGGAUGAGUACUGUGUGACUUUAACAUUGCAUAAUAAUUAUACAUAAUAUGUAUAAAGUUAUGGAGUAAGGAACAUUUUAUUAUUAACGAUAAUAUUAUGUAACGUAAUGUAAUGUGGAGAGGUUGUUAUAAUUUAGACUUCGAGUAUAUAGAGUAGGGAGAGAAUUUUUAUUUUAUAAAGCACAGAUAUUGCAGAAUAAUGUUUUAUUUUUUCAAAGUAAAUAUUCAAUUUGUUUAAUACAUACGUUUCUUGUAUUUACUUAAUAAUUUUAAAACGAAGUCACGUAGCGCAUUUCAAAAAUCGUCAAAGUUGUAACGCAAAAGUUAUCCUGAGGGUUGAAACAAUAUUAACUACAACACUCUCCCUAUUCGACUGCACUCAUUUGAUCGUAAUUUAUUCGUAUUUUAUGUACUGUGGUUUUAUCUUGACUUCAUUGUCAUGGACUACUCGAGCAAUGAUUCGUUGACUGUCGCAGAACGGGUGACAGUAUUCUCAUUAUGGCGGUCGCCUGUGCACACGGUGAUCAAUGUCUUAUUAAUGACAUACCCAUAGAAUUAUUAAAGGUGUCAGAUAAUUUUUAAUAUAUGAGUUAUAGUACUAUUCACUGGUUACCAACAAUUGAAAUAUAGAUGCUCUUUGUGCUAGAGUCGGUGGAUCUUUGCAAAUGGAAUGGUCCAUGUCACCACUUAUUUCGGGAGACUGGUAGAUAAGAAAUGGGUGAAGAGACAUUGCGGUUACGAUACCAUUGUACCAUAGCUGCAUAAUAAAUAAAGGUAACGAUAAUUUGAAUGCGAGACGAUGUCCCACGUUUUAAUGUACAAAUAUUUUCGAAUGAGAUAGUUAAAUAAAACGCAGUUAGAUCAGAGAAAAUGAUUCGUUCUCGUAAGUAGUAAUGGGUUUAACUUCCGAAAACAAAUAACAGUAAUAGCAGUAUUAAAAGAAAGAAAAAAACUGCUAUUCGUGGACUGAAUUUUGCUACAUGGAAUCCGAGGAGAUGGAGUGGCUUGUGUACACAUGUUUAUAUGAUAAACUCAAUUUAUUCGACGUUACACUGAAAAAAAUAAAAUUCGAGUACACACCAUAAAUAACGAUGUGUAAAACAUAACAAUUUAUUGUAUUGUUUACAGGCCAUGUCAUCUCCAGAACUCUGUUACUGUACUGUUUUAUACACAAUCUGCUGUUGUAUUUACACGUGUUCACUUCAAGAUAGUACUUUGACAAUUAUGUUGACAAAGAACUAUCUUGAAGUACAGGUGCCCGAGCAAAAAUGAGUACUUUAGCGUUCAUAGUAUACAAUACAUACACUAUAAGCAUAGGUCCAUUUAAUUUUAUUAAUACAAUACCAAGCCCCGUUUGCAACAUGUUCAAAAGAUAUGAGGAUAGACUUGCGUUCUGUACUUUGAGCUGGAGAUCACGGAACUUUUCUAUCCUCUAGUACUGCACGCGACUCUGGAAAUUAUUUACUGGUGCUAACGGGUCUUAAAUCAAUCAGGCUGAACGUCUAGAUACCGUUACAUCCCUACGUUUGUUAGGUAAGGAUUAAACGAAAGAAAAAAAGAAUUUAAGGAUCUUAAUGAAUCUGGUAAUGAAACAUGUCACAAUUAAAGGUACACGAAAUCCUAGGCUAAGAAUUUGGUUUGUGUGUUCAUAAGUCUUGUUCAAACUACUUUUGUACAGGAUACCAUCGCAUCAUCACUUUCAACGUAAACAGUAACCGAUACCACAGACUAUAUUUCUGCCCAUUCCAUCAGAAUUGAACUUUCAUUGUAUUUUUAAGUAAAUACAUUUUGGAAAACAA